AUGAACCUGUAUCUCCAAACCCUCCUUUUCGGGCUCAUCACCGUCAGUCCAGCCCUGACCGCCUCUGACCCGACCGUGCCGCCGCCGGCACCAGCCUUUGCCAACGGCGCGCUUCUCCGCAUCAUGCCGCUGGGAGACUCCAUCACGCAGGGCAGCGGCUCGACCAACAGCAAUGGCUACCACAAGCGCCUCGUCUCGGAGCUGGAAAAGACCACCAAGGCCUCCAUGAUCGGCACGAACCACGACGGCGACUUUGCAGCCCCGGAUGGCGGCACCCGCAGCUAG